AGGUACCGCGAUAGUUACUUCGACGACCAGAUUACAGAUCCGAUUACAGGAGGAACCUAUCGAGUUUGUGGUAAACAAACUGGCAGCAAACAAGAUAUUUUCAAUGCGACAGCACAAAAACUACUAAAUGAGCUUCUACUUGCAACGCCCAGAAUUAAUGGCUUUUACGCUGCAGCUAAGCUGCCGGAGGAACCUCCUGGUCCUGGUGGUGCUACCACCUAUGCGGUGGCACAAUGUGCUGAAACCGUGAGCGAAAGCAGCUGUCAAGAUUGUUUGUCAUUAGCUUACAAUAACAUAAAGGGUUGUUUACCUAAUUCUGCGGAUGGAAGAGCUGUGGAUGCAGGAUGUUUCUUGAGAUAUUCAGACACCCCUUUUUUUGCUGAUAACCAGACAACUGACAUAGCACCCUUCCUAGGAAGAGGGAGUAGUUCAGGGAAGAAGAAACCUAUUAUUCUUGCGGCGGGUGUAGUUGGUAGUGUAGGAAUCAUUUUGGUAUUAGCAGCCCUUUUCAUAUUGUAUCGACAAUCAGGAAAGCAAAAUGCUUGGAGAAAAGGUAAUAUUUUGGGGGCAAAGAGCUACAUAUAUAAAGAUUUGAAAGCAGCAACAAAUGAUUUCAGUGAAGAAAAUAUACUGGGAAAAGGAGGUUUUGGUGAUGUAUAUAAGGGCACCCUACAGAGCGGGGAUGUGGUGGCAGUAAAGAAACUGACAACAAUUUCUAGUAGAGCAAAGGCAAACUUCGAGACUGAAGUUAGUCUUAUUACAAAUGCGAAUCAUCCCAAUCUCAUUCGUCUAUUGGGAUAUUCUGGCAAUGCAAAGGUGCUCAUACUGGUUUAUGAAUACAUGCCAAACGCUAGCCUUGACAGAUACAUAUAUGGAGAGAAACGGGGAAUGCUGAAUUGGAAGCAAAGGGUUGAUAUAAUAUUGGGUACAGCUAGGGGUCUUGCCUAUCUGCAUGAACAAUUUGAUGUAUGCAUCAUACACAGAGACAUAAAAUCUAGCAAUAUACUACUGGAUGACGAAUUCCAGCCCAAAAUAGCUGAUUUUGGUUUGGCAAGGCUUUUACCAGAAAAUAAGAGUCAUCUUACAACUAAAUUUGCUGGGACUUUGGGAUAUACAGCGCCAGAAUAUGCAAUUCAUGGCCAUUUAUCAGAGAAAGUUGACAUCUAUAGUUUUGGCAUUGUUAUCUUGGAGAUCAUCAGUGGGCGACGGAGUAGUGACUUACAAGUUGAGCCUGUAACUGAGUAUCUCCUAGAACAGGCAUGGAAAUUGUACGAGAAUGAUGAACAUCUAGGAUUGGUGGACAAUAAUUUAGACCCAAAUGAGUAUGAAGCAGCGGAAGUGAAGAGAAUGUUGGAAAUAGCAUUGGUGUGCACCCAAUCACCCUCGAAUAUAAGGCCAAGCAUGUCAGAACUGGUGGUCAUGCUUUCAAGUACUGAUGCCUCAAUCAUUCAAAAACCUCAAAACAGGCCAACCACUAUUACUGUUUCAAUAAAAGGAUACCUACAGUUACAAACACUUCAACACUUACUAAUGCCACCAUUUCAUUUUCUCGUUUCUCAGGUCGCUAGUUAUACCUAUUUUGAUCUUGCUAGCUUGCUUGUGAAUUGUGAUGUGUUUGUAUUUAUUUAUUUAUAAAUUUUUUAUCCAUAAAUAAAUAUAAAUAUGUACGUAGAACAAAAUAUAAGCAUGUCUGUAAGUAAAUGAUUUUUUUACGU